AUGCCCGGCGACUAUUCCCCCCGGUCUUCCGAGGACCAUUCUCCUAACGGGAGCGACGAGGGUGAUCCCCGAUGCCCCCUGACCGCAGACAUUCUGAGGAAGCGUGUCCCAAAGGGCUUCGAGAGACCUCCUACGCUCCCCGCGUACGAUGGUUUGACCGACCCCGACGACCACAUAGCUAAUGUCAACGCUAACCUGGAUUUCAGAAACAUUAGCGGGGCCAUUAGGUGCAGACUGUUCCCAACCACGCUGAGGAAGGGAGCAAUGGCAUGGUACCAAAGCCUGCCCCCUCAAUCCAUCCAUUCAUGGAGGGAUCUUACUGAACAGUUUUGCAGACACUUCACUGCUUCCCGCAAGCACCCAAAGACUGUGCAUGCCUUGGAGGCCAUAUACCAAGCUGAAGACGAAACUCUCCGCAACUUCGUCGAGAGAUUCAACAAAGAGGCUGUGCAGGUCGAAACGACCGACGACAUGAAAAAAUACUUGCUGCAGAGGGGCCUUCGCCCGGGCAGCGAUUUUGCCAAAGCUGUGGGCAUAGAAAAGCCACCCACCUGGGACGACCUCCUCCUAAAAGCUCAAAAGUACAUUGAUUACGAGGAAGUCCAGGCAGCUGAUGUCGCCCGCCUUGCCCGACCUGGAAGCAGCCACCCUGCCCGCGAGUCCUCCCAUAGGAACGAUGACAGGGGUGGCGACAAGGGAAGCUGUUGGAUAUUUGAAUUGGCUUAA